CUUAUGCUGAGCCCAAUACCAGCUGGUCCUUGGCAGGAUAUAUUGGUUGAUUUUACAACAGAUCUGCCCAAAUCAAAUGGGUAUAAUUUAGUAAUAGUGGUUGUGGAUUGCUUCUCCAAAGAAGUGGUAUUCAUUCAUUCCCACCAAUAA